AUGCUUGCAGCACAGAGAAUCACUGCUGAAGCUCGAGCUCGGUUGGUCUCUGGUUGGUACCCGAUGUUAGUGGAUGCGGGGGAUUCUUGGGGUGCGCGCUUCACAAGCCAGGAUCUGGGUCUACAGAAGCGACUCUUUGGGAUUCCGAAGCUGGAGGACGAAGAUGCGAACCUCGCCGGCACCAAGCGGUCUCGGGACUGCACCCUCAUCAUCACUGAAGGGGAUUCGGCCAAGGCACUGGCGGUGGCCGGCUUGAGCAUCGUAGGCCGGGACCACUAUGGGGUCUUCCCUCUAAGAGGAAAGCUCAGGAACGUCAGGGAGCUGUCAGAGAAGCAGAUGAUGGACAACAAGGAGAUCGAAGCCUUGAUGAAGAUCAUGGCCUUAGAUGCCUCCAAGAAGUACCAGGAUGCGAGCGGUUUGCGGUACGGCUCGGUCAUGAUCAUGACGGACCAGGACUUCGACGGAUCCCACAUCAAGGGCCUUGUCAUCAACUUCAUUCAACACUGGUUUCCAGGACUUCUCCAAUGCGAAGGUUUUCUCCGCGAGUUCGUGACUCCAAUCGUCAAGGUCUCCAAGAACGACGAGGUCUUGACCUUCUUCACAGUGCCCGAGUACGAAGCUUGGAAGCGGGCCAACGAUGGCGGCAGAGGGUGGGCUUACAAGUACUACAAGGGCCUCGGAACCAGCACCUCCGCAGAGGCUCGCGAAUACUUCUCGGACUUGGAACGCCACGAGCUCACCUUCCUGUCCGGCGAGAAGGAUGAUGACCUCAUUGACAUGGCCUUCAACACCAAGAAGGCAGACGCGCGGAAGGAGCCCCGCUUUGGGUGUGAGGAGCUUGGGACAUGUAGGGUCGUCUUGCCAAACGUCCUGUGA